UAAGAGUAUAGGAAGUAAGUAAACAGUAUGGCGGAGUCAACAUUUGAUGACCUGCCAUGCAGUAGCAUACCAACACCUCCAUCUUCAGAAACAGAAAGCAUGAUGAAUAUGUCGGCAUCUUCACCUGAUGAUGUGAGACCCCAGAGAGUGGGAAGCAAAAGGAAAAUCAAGAACAAAGAGGAUAAAGUCUGUGGAGUGUGUGGAGAUAGUGCCCUGGGAUACAAUUUUGAUGCUAUAACUUGCGAGUCCUGCAAAGCUUUCUUUCGCAGAAAUGCCUUCAAGGAAAAGGAGUUGAAAUGUGUUUUUGAAAUGAAAUGCAAGAUUGAUGUGAACACCAGGCGGUUCUGUUCCUACUGUCGGCUUCAGAAAUGUUUUGCCAUUGGAAUGAGGAAGGACAUGAUCCUGGUAGUGAAGCCCACGAAUGCUGCAAAGGGAGGGGGGAUGGUUUGUCAAAAAUCAGAUAUCAAAGAUGAAGGAGAAAAGAAGAGACGGAUGGAAAAGCUAGUACAGACAAGAGAUAAGAAAAAGGUGCCAAAGACUGAUAUUCCUGUGACGCAGAUCAAGAUGGAAGAGCCCUCCUCCACCUCAACAUGCAGGUUAUUAUCUAUUCCACCCCCAUCAUCCUUUGCACAGGACCAGACCAGCAAUACAAGGUGCCUUUCUGAUGAUGAAUUGGCUUUCUUGACCACACUUCAGGCCAACUAUGAUAUGUCUCUGGGCAUAGUGGCAGACGAGCCCUUAGAAGAAGAGUAUAAAACCCUGGACAAUCUAGUCAACUCCACUGGGCGAAUCAUCCGCAGACUGAUCACGUUUGCCAAAAAGAUUGUUGAUUUUAUGACACUGAGCCAGGAAACACAAAUUGUCCUUUUGAAAGGCACGUCCAUCAAUUCUAUAUACAUCCGUUCAGCCACCCUGUAUGAUGCAGUAAAAGAUGCCUGGGUUUCCCCCAGAGGUGUGGUAUCAACAUCGAUCUUGAAGAGAACAGCAGGCCAGAUACUUAAUAGGUUCCAGGAGGACCAUGUGAAGAUUUGCAGGAAGUUCAAGAAGUUGCUGGGCAAUGAUUCCACAGUAUUGGUGAUUCUGCAGGUCAUUUCCCUGUUCUCCCCAGAGUAUGUCAGCCUGACUAAUAGAGCUAUCAUUUCCAACAUUCAGGACAGGUAUCUGACCCUGCUCAAGCAUUACUUUGAGGCCAAGUUCUCGUACAGAGAAGCAAGACGCAUGUACCCUGCUGUGCUGUCGAUUCUAGACGAGAUGAAGAUGUUCACAGAAGAACACGGCAGGGUUCUGCUGCAUGUUAAUGUGGAUGAGAUAGAGCCAAUAUUGCUGGAGAUAUUUGACAUUCGUUAAGCAUGCCUGUUGUCCUAACACGGAGGAGACCAAAGACAUUUUCAUGUUUUGAUCACAGUUGGAUUUUCCUCAGGUUCCUUAUUAGUUAUGUGGAGGUUUAAAUAUUGCAGGAUCAUGAUACGCAAAAUAUUUAUGGCAAAAAUAUUGCCAAUAUUUCAUGAGCUUGGAUUAGUGAUAUAAUUGUUUAGUAAUAUCUUAAAUAUUAUUAAUUAAUCCAUAAUUAUAAGGAGAAGUAGUCAAUAUGAAUGAUUCAUUAAUACAGUGUGUGUGUGUGUGUGUGUGUGUGUGUGUGUGCACAUGUGUGCUUGCAAAUCUAAAUAUAUUUAGAGAUAGUUUAAGAUAUAUGGUUUACAUUACUCACCAACCGAAUUAGUUAAAUAAGAUUCUUGUAACAAAACAAAUGCGCUAUCUGUUUGGAUGGUAAAAUAAUCUGUUAUUGAUCUUCUAAAAGAUAUGGUAUGGACCAGGCAUGUUAUGCAUCUGUGGUCCACUUUAAGUUGUGAAAUGAGGAUAUAAUUCAUUGUGACCCCUGAAGAAUUGUGUACAGGUAUAACCUGCCAAACGUACACCAUCGAAAAUUAUAUUAAAUUUAUAUAUAUGAAAGAAAGGUCAAGUGAAAUGUGAUGGAAGUGAAACCAUUUAGUUCACUUACCAAGAUGUAUACUGAACAAAAAUAUAAAUGCCCUUUAUUUUUCUUCAAAUUUAGGAUUGCAUCUAUUUUAAAUAAUACUAAAUCCCUUCUGUUGAUCAUUCUGUGAAAAAUUACUGUCCAUUAGAAAAAUUGGGCAGGGGGGUGGGGGGUGAUCACGUAGAAACAGAUCACCACGAGAUGUCUUGCAUGUCCAACAUUUGGUGUCAGGCAUGCCCCGUGAAAAUGUUAAUCUACUUCUGUAGUCUUUAUGGAGCUUAGGGAUGCUAUCUGGAACAUGACUGGGGACAAGUCUUUGGAGAACAACCCAGAUGAAUUUACAGGCCAGUCAAGUACUGGAAUGAGUUCAUACCAGUGGCAUGAUUUGCUAUGUAUGUGUGAAAUGAUAGGUUUUGAUGAAGUUUGACAUUUUGGGGUUAGCUUGGCCUUUAAUUGUUUAAGCAGGAUUGGACAUGCCGUGGCUGUGGUAUGGUUGAGUUACUGCAUCCCUGUGUGCAUGUUAGUGCUCUCUGGAAGAGGCAGACACAAAUUUUGGUGUUAUUAUUAAUUGAUGAGAAUUAAAAAUUUUCCACAGUUAUAAAACGAUAUUAGCUCAUUUAGGAUGCCCUAUUUCAUGCUACGUAAGUACUUGACAUGGGUCGCUUAUAAUUUUGCUCAGUAUAUAUCAAGCUUUACAACAGGGAAACAUUUCCAAGUCACAGAGGCACAGGAGUAUUGAUCUAUUUUGCUGUGGUAUUUAGUUCAGUGAUGAGGCAGAGAUAUCAGAUAUGCUGGGUGAAGAAGAUUCUGUUAGUAGGAGUAUACACACUGACCUGACUUGUAGUGGGAUAUUUAUGACCAUGUUCAAAUUUAAACAUUGUACCAACUGAAUCGAUCCAACUCUGCUGGAGAUUCUCGCUAAAGUGCAUUCAGGGUAAUCAGUAUAAUUGUCUGACAUGCCUCUCAGAGCAGCUAGUUAAUUGGUUAAUAACCCCCAUAGCAACCCGAGGAGGCCCAUUACAGUGAUUGCACUUAAUUAGAAUCUCCUGCAGAGUUGGAUUGAUCCAGUUAGUACGAUGGGUUUAUCUGAAUGCUCCCAAUGUUGUCACAUACCACAAAUAAAGUUGAAUUUAUGUAGCAAUUAUUGUUUUAUCUUAAUGCUAGAAACUGAAGCUAACAGUUAAAGUGUGUUUAAACAACACUUUCCUGUGAGUUUGAUCAUAAUUCUUCAUCCUAUUAUAUUGUGAGAGUAAUUCAAAAUUUUUAUGUGAGAACUGAAAAUCUUUAUUUCUUAUUUAUAGCACUUGUGUUACAUUAGGUUAUGUUAUUAUUUAUUAUUGUCACUGAAUAUUGUUUUUGCACCACAUGCGGUCCCUAAUUUCUGGUAAAAUCAACAAGAAGUGCUAUGCAGAUCACAUACAGGUAACAGUGCUAUUUUAUUUGAUUAUCGGCAUUGUUUAUUCUGUAUCCAUAUGCCUGUGUGCAGGCUGGUAAGAAUGGGCAACAUAUUAAACUUGCUCAUCUCGGCAAUAGAACAGUCAAGGAGAUACAUUUUGAAAAUUUGAGAAAAAAAUGGGAAAUUAGUACAGGAUGCUUUAUACUUCUUCUUGGUGUAUUAUAUUGUAAAUAUUGUUGUAGCAUGAUUAGCUUUUAGGUGAUAAUUAGUGCUCCCAACUGUGAUAUGUAUGGUAUGGUGUGGAAAUUUUGUAAUUGAUUGGCAUAAUAAAGCUUAAAGUCA